CGCCACCUGAAAACUUGCAGAUUAAAUAUCCGUCUUAAUAAAUCUUGAAUCUUUACUUACACCAUCCCAAACCCAGAAAAACUUUCCACGUUAUUGUUCUUUGUUUCGUCGGUUUGAUUGUUUUGGAGGCAUCAAUGGCGUCCUUCAGCGGACAUUCUUCUCAGUCGUAUGCACCUUCUGCACCGGAGCUGCCGCAGAGCGGAAGAUAUGGUUACCACCACGGUGCCACUCCACCUCCUAAUCACAGCUACUACGGGAUGCCACAGCAGCAGCAGCAGCAGGGGCCCGGUUAUAUGCAGUCUUGGUUUCCACCGGGGACGAAUCCAGAUGUAAUCAGGGCAUUCGAGAUGGUGGAUAGGGACAGGAGUGGAUUCAUUGACGAGAAUGAGUUGCAGCAGGCGCUCUCUUCUGGGUACCGGAGGUUUAACCUUAGGACUAUAAGAUUGCUUAUGUUUUUGUUCAAGAAUCCCUAUGAUUCCCUCAGAAUAGGGCCCAAAGAGUUUGCCGCAUUGUGGGGUUGUCUUGGUCAUUGGCGGGCCAUAUUUGAUAGGUAUGAUAGAGACAGAAGUGGGAAAAUUGAUUCGAUGGAACUUAGGGAUGCUCUCUAUAGCCUUGGAUAUGCACUUCCACCUUCUGUCCUUCAAGUUCUUCUUUCCAAAUACGAUGAUAGAAGUGGCAGGAAGGUUGAACUCAACUUCGACAGUUUUGUUGAGUAAGGCUUAAACUCCAGCAAGUUCAUUCUUAUCCUUUCAUUGAUACGUUGAGUUUUGUGUUGUGAUUAUAAAACUGACAUUCUAUUCUGUUUGCCAUGCAGAUGUGGGAUGAUUGUGAAGGUGAGACUCCAUGGUUCUAUUCUAUAUAUGACUUAUAACCCUUUCAGCCUUUCUAUUCAUCUGGGAAUCUCUUUGUUACUACUAGCUAGUUUUCCUUCCAAGUUAAUACUUCUUCAAAUGCAAUGGUUUGUUUAUGCAACUGAUUGAUCAUAUAUGAACUUUUCAGGGCUUAACUGAGAAAUUUAAGGAGAAGGAUACACGGUACACCGGCUCUGCAACAUUUACUUACGACACCUUCAUGACCAUGGUUCUUCCAUUCCUUGUUUCAUACGACUGAUGACUUCUGCUCUAUAAUUUUUGUAUAAGACAUUGAGGUGCUUGAAAUCUGAUUCUUUGAUUUAAGCUAGAAAUUCUUCUGUUCAGCAGCGGUAAAUCUCUUUUCUGAUUUUUGAAGAUAUCUUCUGUGAAUAAUCCAAAAAAUGGAUG